AUUGUGCAGAGCCGUCGUCAUGUUCGGGUCUAAGCUGUGCUUGAUGCUUCUCUACUGCGUAGCGAUGGUGGUCUACGAGGUCUACGGCUAUAUAAACCCAUGUUGCAAACUGCCGGUGGAACCUGGAAACUGCAAUAAUUAUAAAACGAGGUACUUCUUCAACACCGACACGAGAAGCUGCCAGAAGUUCCUGUUCGGCGGCUGCCAAAGCAACUGCAACAACUUCAAUUUCAUGUUCGAGUGCCAGGACGAGUGCGAGGGCGAUCAGAACAACUGAACCACGACACUAACACUCGGCGAAAGCUGCGAGUCAAACAACAAUCGUGGCUCCAAAAUUCUAACAGCUUAAUUGGCCAAUAAUGGAACUGUCUAACCAGCGUCGUGGCAAAUGCACGUUGUUGAGGUUAUAUAACACCGUAUCGUACUGUAAGUCUCAGUUUUAAUGCACCAAGUAUCUAAUAUAUCCGGAUAAAUACAUUAAAAUAUAUUUUUGGUAUGUACAUGAGAUUUAACUGAUUAAUUUACUUUGUAUUAACGAACUUCGCAACUACACACCACUCGCUUCAUCAUUGGGUAAGUUGGUACACUUGCUGACUGGCAUUUGAGAGUGAAAAUAAACAUUUGGAGUGUGUAUUAUUAUGUAAUUUGAAAUAAAUGAUUCAAAAUAUAAAAAUGUAUCCUU